AUGGCCACAAAUCGCUCCUUUGACUCGCUGGAUGAUUCACUCAAGCUUCUCCACUACUACAUCACCGGAGUGUACUUUCCGCGGGCUGACCGCUUGGAUGUCGUUUUGCCUCUUGAUUGCUGGGUCAUGUCUCACGCCAUCUAUGAUAUGCCAUUGAGCUAUCCUCACCUGCUGUUUGGGGCAAUCAUGGAUGUCGCUGCCAACGACUCUCCCAGUGUUGGUAUUCCCUUUGCUGCGCUGAUUACACUGCUGCUGCAGCGUCUCGGUGUUCCUCUGGCUGACUUGGUCACUAUUCCUGACAAUGGUGUUCAUCCCUCCAUUGAAGUGCUAGUUGUGGUGAGACUUCCUCCAUUGUUGAUUUAUCAUCAGGGGGAGAUGAUCAUUGUCAUGUGGCCACGGACGCAGCUAUUAGAGAAAGAGGCAAAGAGGCCAAAGACGAGGCGUCUGCGGAUGGUGGUGCAUCUGCUUCGGCUUUUGUCCGUCCCUUCAAGCUCAAGCGACAGGCUAAAGGGCCUCGCCCUUCUAGCAAAGUUCUCAAGCGUCUCAAUAAUCAAAAACCUUCUCAAGGAGUGGUUCUCUAUGCGAAUCAUGAUCUUGAGCAAAACAAUUAAAAGCCUUAAUUUAGGGGGAGCAAGUUUCGAGUUGGUAGUUAUUGUUGUUGCUGUUUUAAAUGGCUUAUUUGAAUUGUUGCUUUUAAGGUCUAGAUUGGGUCAGGGGGAGUAUUAA